AUGACUCCUAAAGAUCUUGAAAUCAUGCAACAAGAUACUCCGUCUGACGUCGACAACUUUGUAUUAAACCGUGUCACAGGAUCGAUGAUUGGUAUGGCGUUGGGUGAUGCGCUCGGAGCUCACGUUGAAUUUCGACCGCGAGAAUACAUGGUAGAACGUCCAGUUCGAGAUCUUGAAGGUGGAGGGACCUGGGGUCUCGCAAAAGGACAAAGAUAUGGCGGAUAUAAUGACGGUAUCCGAGGCAAAGGAUACAUUGUUAAUGCUCUGGAAGCUGCUUUAUGGGCUUUUUGGUGCGACGAAAAUUCGUUUAAAACAGGUGCUCUCAAUGCAGUUAAUCUUGGAGAUGACACUGACACCACUGCUGCUAUUUAUGGCCAACUGGCUGGUGCUUGCUAUGGCUAUCAAAACCUCCCCAAGAAAUGGGUCAAACAGAUCUAUGCUCACAAUUUUAUAACGUGUUUAAGCAAGUGGAUUGUUUAUGAAGGACAGUUGUGGCAUCCAAAGUCUCAUGUUCCGAAUACUUCAAAGUUGAAUUCUAAGUCUAAUUCUAAUGUCCAAGUGGCCGCUCAAUCUGCAACGACAUGGGGUCCGACACCAAACACGGAGCGAGAAUAUAUGCAAAUGUCUACUUCUCCACUCCGCCAAUUACCUUCUAAUGCACCACGGCCACCGUCAAACAUGGAGCAUCAUCCCUCAGUAGCGUAUGGAGCUCAUGUAAUAGCUCCGAUAACUCAGUCAAAUACGAGUUCGAGAUCGGCACCAACAGCGGUACGGUCAGGCCCUUAUGAUCCAAUACCAUUUGGGUAUAACUAUAUUGGAGCGAGUCGGGAGCCAAGAAUUUAUUCUGACAAUGGAUUUCAUGAUCCAAAAUAUUGA